UUUUGGUUUCAGUCAAUCCAGUAGGAAGGUCUACUGUGAAUGGAAAUUAAUGAACCUGAUACCCAGCAGGAGAAGUGAGAACCAGAUAGUCGUUUCUAGUGUAAGAUGUCCUAAGGAAGACUUUGUAGAUCCAGAUACAUGUUCUCAUCUUGAUGACUGCUCAGCUUCACCUUCAGUCUUCCAGAGCUUUAAGGAUUCUCAGAACCAGAAGUUGUGGGGUAUAUAAAUUUGUAUUUCCUUUUACUUGUGGAAUAAACCCAAGUCAUGCUCACUUUCAUGGAGUGCCUUUGCCUGGAUGGGUGUGAGGUGACAUCAGGAAUGCAAACCCUGGGUGUGCUUCAGGCGGCAGAACCAAGCCUCGUGUCAGAGCUAUUACUGAGCAUAACUGCAGCUGAAACAAGAAGGAAAUGAGUUGGCUCCGUGCUCACUUCAGAGACAGAGGACCUCGCAGAGGCCCUUCUUCAGAGACAGAAGCAAUGAAAAGGCAGAGCUCUGCUCAGGAGCAUGAGAUUAUUGAAUUACGGGGACAUAAUGCAGAGGAAAGUGAGACUGAUCAUGACAAGGCUCUAAAUGCUCAAAUGAGAAAGGAGAGAGAUCCCUGGAAAUCAUGCAGGGAUGUAGUUUUCUGGAAGUGUAAACUAUGGAUGGUUAUAACUACAAUAUUUCUAGUGAUCUUCCUGGUCAUUCUCAUCAGCCUAAUUCUUUAUUCUAAUGUUUACACAGAUGAGGAUGACUACUGGGAUCCUGAUGAAUUACUAAGCAGUGGAAACUUUCACAAUUUUUCAGGAACAUUGGAGUUAAUGUGUGGUCUCCCACACUUCUCCUCUGAGGACAUUACUGAGAGGCUAACAGAAGUCUACAGUUCAUCUCCAGCUUUAGGACGUUACUUUAGGUCAGCUCAGGUGAUUUCUUUCAGUAAUGAAAGCUCCACUGUAAUUUAUCAGCUAGUGUUUUCUGUACCACCAUCAACAGAGGGAUUUAUGGAAAACAAUAUGAACCCGGAUUUUAUAAGGAACAUUUUGCGUCAAAAUAUUUAUGAUGAAGAUACUCUUAAUCCUGGGGCAUCUGAAUGUGACAGGUUAAAGCUCAACCCAACUUCUCUCACGUAGAAAUUAUGGAAAGAUUCCUCACCUUCAUCACCACCUCGAAGAGAUGGGAUUCCCUGUCUAUAAGCAAUCCCAGGGCAAAGAACUAUUCAUUAGGAAGAAACACUUCUAAAAUUGUUGUCCUGUAAAUACUGCCUGUGAUGCAAUAUUGUAAAUGGAAAAUAUGGUAUAUUUAUGAUGGUGUAUUGCUAUAGCACUACUACCUCCUUCUUUUAUAUCUCAAUAAUCCGUUUCACUCUUGAGAAAAUCGUGCAUCUGAUACAUGCUCUGUUGACUUUGAAAGCUCUGCUUUGUCUUGCCUUAUGAUUAAAUCUGAAUGCUCUGCAUGAGCUUUAAAAGCAGUCUUGCACAUGGCUCCUUUUUCUCUUAGCCUAUGCAAAAUUAUCUGCACGGCUUUAUCUUCAAUGCUCACUUCCACUCAAACUCAUAUCUGUUUUUUUUCCCUCCAAACUUCACAUGCCACGUUUCCUUGUUGAUCUUUCCUUGUAAAACAGCCUGAAAACAUAUAUAUAUAUAUAUAUAUAUAUUUGUAUUCUUGACUUAUGUGCAAGGUCUCUGCACUAGCUUCUUAAGAAUGCUUUAGCUCUCAUGAUUUCCUUAUUCUUCCUACUGUCUCCUUGGUUAAGGUGCUCUUUGCUCUAUUUUUCUCUUCUUCAAUGUGAAAUAUGAAAGAAGAAAGCAACAGCAUGAAGAGACAUGUCUUGUUCACUAACGCGUGUGAACAUCACAGGAAUUUUUAAGAGGUCGAAUUAGCAGUGUGCUUUUACGGUUAGCUACUGCUACCAGUGAAUAGACAGAUGCUUGACCUGUUUUUGUGAAUUUGAAGACAACUCUAUGCCCUUAAUUAUCGUUCCUGCCCAGCACUGGGGAUAAAAA